CACAUCUUUACAAGUCCCUCGAGUGCAUAUGGAGGGGAGACACGCGCGACACGCACCUGCAACGCCGCUUUACACGACAUGACCACGGUAGAAGCAGUGCAUAUUGCCUAUGGCUGCUUACAGGUUCGUUUCGGCAUCAGUGCCAAGAAUGCUUGGUCCGAAAUCGACGGUGCCUUCAACUACCGGGAAUUCUACAACAACAUCAUCGAGCUGAUUGAAGAUUCACCUGAUCCGGAGUGGAAAGAAGACCUCCUCAAAGCUUGGAACGUGUAA